AUUAUGUUAAUAAUAAAGGUUUACCAAUUCAGAAUAUUGCAGCUAAUCUUCAAUUAACAGCUUCAACUGUUCAAAGUAUUGUCAAUACUUUUGAUAAAGAGGAUCGAAUUGUACCUAAACCACAAGAUAGUCAUGCAUAUUGUGGUCAGCCUGCUAUUCGUAAAGUUGUAAAUAACAGAGAAAAAAAUAUUUCAGUUAUUGCUGCAAUUAAUGAAAAUAGAGUCUUGCAUUAUAAGUCUAUUUUAGAUUUAGUAAAUGCAGAAAUUUAUACUACUUUUAUUUAUAAGCUUAUUAAUAUUAUUCCAAAUAGUAAGUUUUUAGCAAUGGAUAAUAUUAGUUUUUAUAGAUCAGAUGUAGUCAAAGAAACUGUUGCAAAUACUACACAUCAACUUUUAUAUCUAUCACUGUAUUCUCUAUUUUUAAAUCCAAUUGAGAAUUGUUUUUCAAAACUUAAAGAUUCUGUUACUAGAAAUCGUUUAAAAGAUUGA